AUGGCACUCGUCCGCCAUCGCGCAGUUCCGCACCCAGCUCGCCCCCGCCAGCCUCUUCUCUGCCUCCCCCGCCUCCAGCAAUCUUAG